AUGGCGGAUUCAAGCUUUUCCCCCCUUCCUCUUUACGAAAGGAUUUCAUACAAAAGCUAUGUUCGAAGAGCUUUGAAUCUCACUGUUCUCGGCUUUCUCUUUUCUCUUCUCUUGUACCGGAUUCUAUAUAUGAACCAAAACGACAUCGCUUGGGUCAUGGCUUUCCUCUAUGAAUUUUGUUUCUUUUUCACGUGGCUGCUUAUUACCAACAUAACAUGGAGUCCUGCUGAAUAUAAACCUUAUCCAGAUAGACUUGAUGAAAGAAUUGAUUUCAGGGUUCAUGACCUUCCUUCGGUGGAUAUGUUUGUACCCACGGCAGAUCCGGUCAGGGAGCCGCCGCUUAUUGUUGUGAACACUGUGCUCUCACUGUUAGCUGUGAACUAUCCGGCGAACAAACUAGCUUGUUAUGUGUCGGAUGAUGGAUGCUCACCUCUCACUUACUUCUCUCUCAAGGAAGCUUGCAAGUUCGCCAAGAUUUGGGUUCCUUUCUGCAAGAAAUACAACGUUAGAGUUAGAGCUCCGUUUAUAUAUUUCUUGAACCCCGUGGUUUCAUCAGAGGAUCCUGAAUUCACUAAAGACUGGGAAAUGACGAAGAUGGAGUACGAGAAGAUAAGCCAGAUAGUUGAAGAUGCCACCGGAGAUUCCCAUUGGUUUGAUGCAGACGAUGAUUUUGAAGCUUUCUCAAACACAAAACCAAAUGAUCAUUCAACUAUUGUUAAGGUGAUAUUCGAGAAUAAGGGUGGUGUGGGAGACGAGAAAGAGGUCCCUCAUUUAGUUUACAUUUCAAGAGAGAAAAGACCAAACUAUGUUCAUCAUUACAAAGCUGGAGCCUUGAACUUUCUGGUAAGAGUGACGGGGUUGAUGACAAAUGCACCAUACAUGCUGAAUGUAGACUGUGACAUGUAUGCAAAUGAAGCAGAUGUCGUGCGACAAGCAAUGUGUAUAUUUUUGCAAGAAUCGAUGAAUCCAAACCAUAUUGCUUUUGUUCAACACUCUGCAAAUUUCAGGGACUCUAAGGCUGAUGAAUUCAACAUCUUUCCUUCAUAUAUGGAACGGGGCGUCGCGGGGAUUCAAGGAGCGAUAUACACAGGGUCGGGUUGCUUUCACACUAGAAAAAUUAUGUACGGCUUAACACCGGAUGAUUUAGAAGAUGAUGGAAGUCUUUCUUCAGUUGCCACAAGGAAGAUUUUGACGGACGACAAUUUAUCAAAAGUAUUUGGACAUUCUAUAGAGAUGACGAAAUCAGUGGUCAGCGCAUUACGAGGAAAAUUAAAUCGUCAGCAUUCACUUACAUACUCCUUAGAAGCGGCUAGAGAAGUUGGAAAUUUGCAUUAUGAAUACCAAACCAGCUGGGGAAAAACCAUUGGUUGGUUAUACGAUUCAGUUUUAGAGGAUGUGAACACGAGUAUUGAAAUCCAUUCGAGAGGAUGGACUAGCUCACUCAUAUCUUCGGAUCCACCGGCGUUUAUAGGCUGUACGCCACCGGUAGGAUUAGAGGCUAUGCUCCGCAAGCGGCGAUGUUUCACGGGCGGGUUGGAGAUUAUCUUCAACAAACAAAGUCCAUUAAUCGGAAUGUUUCACCAAAAAAUAGAAUUCCGACAGCGGUUGGCUUAUCUUUCCAUUUCCAUGAUGGGUCUAGGUUUCCUACCUGUGCUCUUUUAUUGUCUCUUGCCUGCUUAUUGCCUACUCAACAACUCUCCCUUAUAUCCAAAGGGACUUCGUUUAGGUAUAAAUUUCACACUUUUGGGGAUGCCAUGUUUUUACACUCUACGGGGAUUUACGAGCCCUGAUUUUUCCGUACAACUAUGGUGUGCAAACAUUUGCGGUUCGUUAUUCAGCAUAUUUGAUAUCACACUUAAGCUUCUCGGAAUCUCGAAAACUGUGUUCAGAAUCACCAAAAAGACUAUGCCUGAUAUUAAGUUAGGGUCUAAAGACAGACAAUCUCAACAAGAAGAUGAUGGUCAAAGCUCUGAAAUCGACGGCUUGCUUUAUCUGCCUGGCACAUUUAUUUUGUUGGUGAAUCUAGCCGCUUUAGCUGAUUAUUUAGUGGGCCUACAACUAUGGAGUCGCAGUGACGAAAGAGAUGGUUCGGCUCUGGCAGAGGCAUCUGGAUGUACUUUUGUGGUUAUGGUUUUCCUUCCAUUACUAAAGAGUUUGUUUUAUGACGGAAAAAGUGGUAUCCCAUCAUCUACUCUUUAUAAAGCUGCCUUUUUAGUCGUUUUUUUUGUUAUUUUUUCUGUCGAAAAGUAG